AUGAAGUUCCAGUGGGCAUCGGGUCUCCUUUUGGGGGCGGCCACUGUUGACGCCUUCAAACCCGCCGAAUUUUCCUAUGAAUCCUCCGAAGCCGAAUGUGUCGAGAUUGCCAAGUCUGUGACUGGGGAGGUCAAAUACCAAUCUCCUCCUCCCAAUUCGUAUCUCAUCUCCAAAACGAAUCCCGAGGAGCCAGAUGAAAAUUGGGUGGUCCAGUGUUCCAGCCAGUACCGGGGCUACGCAUGCGAUUAUGCCAUCGAUGAUCGGGACGACAGAUACUGGCUCAGCAACCCUGCUGACGGAGAGACUUCGGAGAUCGUCGUCGAUCUCCGCAAAAAAUACCUUGUCAGCGGUCUGACCAUGUUGCCUGAGUUGAAUAAGAAUUCCAAACAUGGCCAGAUUGGUGAACACCGCAUCUCUGUCUCGCAGGACGGCAAGACUUGGACCCCGGUCGCAUACGGUACCUGGGGAUCCAACAAGAGCCCAAAGCUGUCCGUGUUUAACCCCAAACUGGCUCAAUAUGUCAAGCUUGUGUCAGAGAGCCAAUCCCUCCCCGAUCGGACGCAGAAGAAGCACGGACAGAUCUCCAUCGUCAACCUUUCCGUUUACACGUACAACGGCACGGAUUACCCCAGAGAGGAUCCCAGCAAGGGUGUCUGGGGUCCCACGAUUGAUCUCCCGAUCGUCCCUGUCUCCUCUGCCGUUGAGCAGCACGGCGACAUUAUCAUGUGGUCUGCCUGGGCCGACGACCAGUUCUUCGCCUCCCCCGGUGGUAAGACCCUGACCAGCACCAUGAACCGCGACGGCAUCAUCACCCAGAGUGAGGUCUUCGAAACCAAGCACGACAUGUUCUGCCCCGGUACCUCCAUGGACAUUGAUGGCAACAUUGUCGUCAGUGGUGGUGCUGACUCCGGUCGCACCAGUGUGUACAAUGGCACCGCGUGGGUGAAAGGUCCUAGCAUGGCGAUUCCCCGUGGAUACCAGUCCUCGACCACCCUCUCCGACGGUCGCAUUUUCGUGAUCGGAGGAUCUUGGAGCGGUGGAGACAAGGUUGCCAAGAACGGCGAGGUCUACUAUCCUUAUCCUGAUGGAAAUGCCGUUUGGGAAACACGUCCCGGCUGCGAGGUCGAACCCAUGAUGACCGACGACCGUCUGGGCCAAUGGCGGGCAGAUAACCACGGUUGGCUCUUUGGCUGGAAGAAGGCGAGUGUCUUCCAGGCAGGUCCCAGUAAGGAGAUGCAUUGGUACGAUGUCGACGAUGUCAGUCGGGAUCGGAACGGUAGACGCCGGGUUAGGGGUUCCGUGCACAGUGCCGGACUCCGUGGAAAGGACCAGGAUUCCAUGUCUGGCAGCGCCGUCAUGUACGAUGCUACCAAGGGUAAGAUCCUUACCUUCGGUGGUCAACGUCACUACGAUGGCUCCUACGGUUCCAAGAGAGCCCAUCUCAUCACCAUCGGAGAGGCCUAUCAACGACCCGUCGUGAAGGUGGCGGGCAAAGGCCCCGACGGUAAAGGUGAGGGCGGAAUGCACGAGCCGCGUGUUUUUCAUACUUCGGUCGUCCUUCCUGAUGGCAAGGUCUUCAUUGCUGGCGGCCAGACCUGGGGCAAGCCCUUCCAUGAGGAUCAGAUCGUCUUCACGCCUGAGCUCUAUGACCCUGAGACGGACACUUUUGUUCAGUUGAGCCGCAACAACAUCAAGCGUGUCUACCACAGUAUUUCGAUGCUGCUGCCCAACGCUACCGUCCUCAAUGGUGGUGGUGGUCUUUGUGGCAACUGCUCUGCCAAUCACUACGAUGCCGAGAUCUUUAAUCCCCCCUACCUCUUCAACCCGGACGGCACCAGGGCUGUUCGUCCUGAGAUCACGAGAAUGAUCAACGGCAAUGUGCUCACCGUUGGCGGAGCGGUCACAUUCGAGACGGCUUCUGAAGUUGAAUCUGCGUCCUUAGUCCGUGUGGGAACUACUACUCACACCGUCAACACCGAUCAGCGUCGUAUCCCUCUCGACAUCACGCACAAAGGUGGAAACCAGUAUACCGCCGACCUUCCCAAUGACGCUGGUGUUAUCCUUCCUGGGUGGUACAUGUUGUUCGCUAUGAAUGACCAGGGCACUCCCAGUGUAGCUCAGAUGGUCAAGGUUGAACUGUCCUCCCCUCCUGAGUGGAAGACCCGCCAGUACGCCGAGGAACAGGCGGGGGAGCUGGAAUCCGAAUAUCGUGGGGACGCUCAUGAUUGUGACCACGAGGAAGAGGUCAAGGGGCUCAUUUCGAGUAUGCUUGCUUCAUCAAGCAAGUUCUGGAACACCUGGAAGCCUUCUCUGAUCAACCAGGCUUAA